AUGAAUCCCCCGAACAUUAAGAGAAAAACAAGAAAAAUUAAAAGACAUUGAAAAAACACUUGGAAUAAACUGCCCUACGGCAGAAGAGUAUUGCUAUAUUAAACUCAAAGAGAGAAAGUGCAAAAUCUUAAAUUUUAACCCUCCGUGUUUAACAAAAUGUUGUAGGGUCAAGGACCUUAAUAAUUGUUAUAAUAAUGUCAGGAAAAAGUGCCAUUUAAAAGCAAAAAGGAUAUCAACAUCGCCAAAACUUUGCUUUUGUGCAUUAACGAGCCGGGAAACCGAUAAUCUUAGAUCCACCGCUAAGCACCGACAGUUGAUAAUACAAGUCACAAAUUGUCCGCAAAAAAUCUUCUUUCCAUCAAUAAUGGCAAACGAUCCUUUAAAACCAGCUCGUUUUCCAUCUUUCCUUGCUUGACUCACCAAUGGCCACAGCUUGUUACGUGCCUCUCUCGCCCGCUGAGUUAGAUCUUCUGUUAUUUUGAUGCCUUUCUGUUUAAGAACUUCAGAGUUUUUGGCAUCUGACCAAAUCCGAUCACGAAUAGAGCGUGACAAAAACUGCACAAUAAUCCGCCGUAUGUGCAUGCCCCCAUCUUUCGGUCCGAUUCUGUGUGCCACAUCAAUAGAGGACUGUAGAAUCUCUCUCAAACCUGGGGACACCUGAGAGAAAACUUCCAUUGCGAUCAUCUCCACUUUUCCCCAGCCUCUUCCGAAAUCCCAGUUAUUUUGAGAUUCCAGCGUCUUUUAUACUCAUCCAGCUCGUCAACUCUUUCCCACAAUUUCUUAUUUUCUGCUUUCAUUGCCGCUAACUGUGAGUCCAGUUUAUCUGAUUUGAUCAUCGCUCCCUCAGCUUUUUCAGAAGCUAGAUCAACUUUGGUGUUAAGAUCAGAUAUUAAAGUAGAGUUGGAUGCAACAGACCUUUCAAUUUCUAGUAGCUUCUUCAUAAACACAUCUUGCUUUUUCCCCAGCCUCUCGAUUGCCUCCAGAAUUGCCACAUUUGAAGGUUCGGACGAGUGUCGUCUCAUUUUCGGUAAUGGACUUUUAGUCUGCGUCUCCGGUAAAUGCUGGCAAUCCAUAUCUUCUCCAGUUACGGGUUUAGUAUAGUCGUGUACACGCUUCACAUUAUCUCCUGUUCCUUGAUCCAUUUUUACAGUAAGGAUAGCUUCACUUAGCAACGCAAGUUUGCUAGUAACGUUAUCUGUUAACUCAGCCACGUGCGGGCUCUUCGCGGGAAUAACAGGAAAAAUGUGACGAAUACUUUCCGUUUAACUUCAGAAGUCAGUUACAGAGUCAUUGCAAAUAUCAAAACAUUUACUUUAGUUACCCUUUCACCACCAGGGAAGAGAAAAAAAAUCAAGAUUUGCACAAAGGUUAGUAAGAGACAGAGAUUUUACGACUGCACGGACGCCAUCUUGGCCGGAACCCGCCCUAAGCCCUUGAUCACCUAAACACACAUUUAUAACGAUUUCAUCAGGCUUUAGAAACAUUUAGAAAAGAACAUAAAGAAUGGCCUCUCAGCUACCGUAGUUGCAACUCUUGCGUCAUCACAACAGGGUGUUCAAUGCAUCACCGUUUCUGUUUAAUAAACGUUGUGCAACGUUUUGUCGGGGCUGAACGCAGCCCUGCUAUUUCGUUGCAGCCAAUCAGUAUCGUCCACCGUAGUAGCAACCAAUCACAUUUAACUGGAAACCCGCGAAUCUUCAUAAUACCGGCGAUAUUUGGCUCAGUGGGAUCGUAGUAUACCGGUAUUAUAAGAUUAGUAAGUUGCUUUGUAAUUUGGAUUUUAACUUUUAUUUUAGAGACAGUGUAUCUGUGACUAACAGUUAGUUGAAUUGGUUAAUUUAAUCAUUUGUAGAAACACAGCUUGUGCACCGUGUGGUCCUGGUUUGUGAGAGGCGAUCAUUAACUUAAAAUAUUAACUUAAGUUACCAUUACCAUUAAACAUUAGCGUUUGUUAACAUGUUAACUUAAUCUAUUGAUUAGAAUAAAGCUCAUGCUGAUUCAUUGGAAUUACUGACAAGCUCAGCCUUGAUGAUACAAGUACACCACUAACCAUAUCGUUUUUUGUGCAUUUAAUUUUUCAGGGGAUUGUCUGAUAUCCAACCAUUUACUGAUUUUUGUUUUAUUGCUAUUGCUUUUUUAACAAAACAGUUCUUUUAAGAACUACCUUUCUUUCUCAAACUUUCUCAAACUCUUUACUGUCCUCUUUACCCACCUCUUGUGUAACUGCCUAUCAAUUAUGGCAGGUAAGAAGCCAAUUUUAACCCCAAAAUCUUACUAACUGAAGUUAAUUUGAGCAGAACAUGCAAACACCUGUCCAUGGUUAAAAUGUAAUUGGACUUCUAAAAUGUUUUACCUUUUAUAUAUACUAUAAAUAAAAAGUAUGUUAUUUUCUUGUAUACACUGCAUGUGUAGGAAUACCCUUUGCUUUUGGAAAAGAUGAAGUCUUUUCUGGGACAGGCAGCUGACCCUACUGUACAACUGGGGUAAUGUCAAGUCCUGAGCACUUUCAGGCAAAGCAUGUAAAGCAUGCCAUAUAUUUUGAGGACAAUGGCAUCCAAAAAUAUUGUGUUCCUUGCUUUUGUUUGAAUGCCCGACAACAAAAGAGGUGCCAUUGGCAUUGCCCGAAGUGUCAGCAGAUCUUGUGCCGUGCCCCUGACUUUAUGAAGCAACUACAUAAUCAUGAUCUUUCAGUUAUAGGCAAAAUUACCAACAAGCCAGACAAAGGGCCAUCUUCAGAAAAACCACAGGCAGGGCAGCAGGUCAGGGAACAGCCACCUAUCUUUUGUAUUGAUGAACGAAAUGGGAUUUUUGUCACCCCAAAAGAUGCCCAUGGACCUAGAGUCCCUCUUCACGUAAAGAAACGCAUGGUCUCGGGGUCUGUUGCCUGUGAGUCCUCUGUGUGUCGAGAUUUUAUGAGGAUUGGAGUUGAAAGUGGCAAUCCAGGCCUUGAAUGCAUUCACCUUCAGAGGACAAAUAGAGCAGUGUGCUAUUCUACACCAGCCUCACUUAGGGAGGACUCUUUGCAGUCCAUGGUUGACAAUGGCCUGCUGUCAAAAACCCGACAAGAUGAAUGUGUGCAGCUAAGAAACCAAAGUAUUGCUGGUGGUGUGGAUUGUGUAUUUCCCAUUAUUUGGCACGAGCAAACCUCUGUCAGGUUUUUUUAUUUUUCAGUGUUUACUGGGGUAAAAGAUAGCUGGUGUCAGUUCGAAAGAACCAGAGUCUCUUUUGAUAGCCAUCUGGGCAAGUGGCACUGCCAGUGCCGCAAUAAAAUAAGAAGCUGUGUCCACAUAUACCUGUGCAUGUGGUGGCUGUUUCAAGAGAAACCCCAUAUCCUUUUUUGUCAAACUGAAACAAAUGCUGAAGACAGUAAUGUGGAUGAAAGGGUCAGAGAUGUUGCAGAGACAGAAGUGGCAACACUGGCUUCUAAUGACAUACAGGAGUUGACAGAUUAUUUGUGGAGGCAAAAGAGGGUGCCAGAAAACCUUCCACAGAUUUCCUUGAACCUCUAGAGUCCAAUUGUACUUAUUGCCCUGGUCCCACUCCGCCAGCUUUGGGGGAGAGGGUACUAAUUACACGGCAUGGGACAGUGUACGGAAUAUCUUCAGUGACUCGAGGUUAAUUUCAGAAAUGUAUAGAACUCUUUUUCAUGCAUUUUCCACAUUUAAUUUUUUAUACAAUUUCUGUGUGAUGUGCCAGUGUGUGUGAAGAACUGCCUUGUUUGUAGACGUCCAGUGAGGUUUCAAGAAUAACUGUCUGGUUUUCAUAAUUAUGAAAACAGGACCUUUUUGACCAUUCCCCUCUGUUCUCUCAUGACAUCUGGACUGGCAAAUUAUAUUGCCCUUGGACGUUUUCUGCAAACCACGGAGGAUCAUGUCAACAUCACUUUUCCACACAAUUUGAUAAGAAAAGCAUUUUAUCAUUUCUCUGCUCUGAGGGAGUACUCCUAUAACUCUUCAUGUGUCAGAUGUGGCCACAGUCCUCCAGUUUUAGUUGCAGAUGGAAACCGGAAAAUUGCAUUUGAUUGUAAAACCGAAUUAGGGGGUAUUAUGUGAAUUGUUAAUUGUGAGUGCAUAUAAUUACCUGUCUUGGUAAAUAUUUGCUGCUUUGCUCAUUGUCUUUGUGUAUUAGUACAUCUGUUUAGACGGCCAAAUUUGGACAAUAUCAGCCAAGAGGAUACUCGGGUUAAUGUCAGGACAAGAUGGGAGACGCUUGAGAAAGAAAUGCCUGCUUCUGGGUUCUGUGAUGAUUGUUCCAAAGACAGAAGUGUACAAAGGUCUGUCUCAGAAAGAUUGUGCUUUCACCUCUAGCUGUGGCUUGGAGAUAGAUGAAGAAGCCAUUUUGCAAGUGCUGGAGUCCAAAACUCCAAGGAAAGAAGCCUUGGUCAAAGCCUGCAAUGCCCUUGGAGUAUCACACGUAGUUAAUUAACAGACUUGAGGAGCUAUACAUGGGUUUCAGCUGGCGUCACUCUCUUGUCUUCCGCCAUUUUGAGGACCUGAAGUGGUCGCAAAAGAACUAGAAGCUAUGCCUUCAAUAUGUUGUGAGCAUCAAAAUCGCUAUUUUUACAACACUAAGAAGGCUCGACAAAACAUGAUAUUUUGCUCGAAGUAUCGCCUGUGUCUCUACACGUGAACUCGAGCAUUGAGAACAUUGUUUGUGAACAAAGAGUUUACUAAAAAGAAGGUUUUGAACAACUGACUUUGGUUGAUUUGGCUUCCGCUCGCCGCCAUCUUCCCAGUCUAGAUGUAUCGAUCUGCGAAUGGAACGUAAGGAGGGAGGAGAGUAAAGAUGGAUAGCUCCUAAAGCAUAGUUCCAUAUAAAUGCACAGAUAAUUCGUUGUUUUGUCGCAAGUGAAAAACAAUAUUGACCUUCUAGUUGAAAAAGGAGCCUCAUAUGAGAUUCAUUCAUUCGCAUUCAGAAAUCGAUUAUUUCCGUCUGGCAGGGAUGACGAGCGGACAUCAUUACAGCCAAAGUCAGUUGUACAAAACUUU